ACGAUGCGCGAGUACAAAGUGGUGGUGCUGGGCUCGGGUGGGGUGGGCAAAUCCGCCCUCACCGUGCAGUUCGUGACUGGUACCUUCAUCGAGAAAUACGACCCCACCAUCGAAGACUUCUACCGCAAGGAGAUCGAGGUGGACUCGUCGCCGUCGGUGCUAGAGAUCCUGGACACGGCGGGCACCGAGCAGUUCGCGUCCAUGAGGGACCUGUACAUCAAGAACGGCCAGGGCUUCAUCCUCGUCUACAGCUUGGUCAACCAGCAGAGCUUCCAGGACAUCAAGCCGAUGCGGGACCAGAUCAUCCGCGUGAAGCGGUAUGAGAAAGUGCCAGUCAUAUUGGUUGGGAACAAAGUGGACCUGGAGAGUGAAAGAGAAGUAUCCUCCAAUGAAGGCCACGCCCUUGCCGAAGAGUGGGGCUGCCCCUUUAUGGAGACUUCUGCUAAGAGUAAAACAAUGGUGGACGAACUCUUUGCAGAAAUCGUGAGGCAGAUGAACUAUGCUGCCCAGCCUGAUAAAGAUGACCCGUGCUGUUCUGCCUGUAACAUACAAUAGCACCCACAUUUGACGAUCCUGAUAGGACUUGCUGGGUAUUGCAGGCGAUAGAGAUCUUGCCUACCACACUGCAGAGUUAGCAGGAUGCAUGGCAUGGAGCUAUGGUGCACUGCAGACCCUAUUUAUAAAUGAGCAGUGACUGUCAGUUGAUGUCUCUGAGUACAUUUGGGUUCAGUAACUGCAGUGUUCACCAGUAUCCUCGCCUCCUUUGUGCAUCUGCAACUUGAAGGCAUAGCCCAUCAAUCUACAGGGUGAUCUCAUUUGAAAGCAACGAUGGCAUUGUCGCUGAGUUGACAGUAGCAACUCUUGUAUAAAUUCAAGAAAAUCAUGAGGGAAAAACCGGAAGAAUUCCUAUGACCACUUACAGUAAAUAUUUUGUCUUCUUUACAAAGUAACUAAAGGAGAGUAUUUUCCUACGAGAGAACUGAACUUCAGGAAUCGGAAUAAGAGCUCCUAACCAGUGUAUUCCGUCAAGUAGCAAAACAGCUGGCCUGCCAACAGCACUGCAGGGAGAGUCUUUGCACAGCUGACGCAUUUCUGUUUUUCAAAAUUGAUGCUUAAUUGUAGAUGUUAUCCUGAUUUGUGACAUGGAAUUAACUCAUGCAUCAGUCCUGAUAGAGCAAAAGUCAGAACAAAGUGGUGUGAAAAUACAGUCUGGCUUUAGAAUUUGUUAAAUCACCUGCUUUGCCACAGAAAAAUGGAGGCUUUCUCAAGGGUUUGACAAGAAUUAAAAUACUAAACCCACCCUCUGUCACCCAAGCAGGAAGGUCUUUAUCUCCUGAACCAGAAGGAAGCCACUGAGAUGGAGAGAUUGCCUAGCCUUACUAACACGAAGCAUUCUAGUAGAUUAACUAGUACCAUCAUGUAAGGAAAACGAAGCCAUGUUGCAGCCACAUGUUCCCGUUUGCAGAAACCUCACAGGACAGUACAAAUACCUGGCAUUUUUACGUUCGUUAAAGCAGCAAAUUCCUUCUCGCCUUUAAGGGCUAUGGUGUGAUGUGACCCUUGGCUAACCUGCUUUGGAAAUCCAGUUUGCUAUAGCAGAGCUUUAUUGCAGGCAUUUAAACAAUUGAAUAAUCAUGUGAAAUAAUUUGGGCUUAAAAGUAGAACAUAAUUUAUAGAGUGGAAGGUGAGGGACAAAAAGCCUUUUAUCUUUAAUUUUCCUGGAGAAUUAUAUAAAGGUUUUCUUAUAACAAUUCUGCCCUGAUUACUGAAGUGGCAAAUAAAGCUGGAGAGAAUAUUUUGUUUUGAAAAAGGUGCUCGAGCUCUGACAUUUUUGGUUUUGAUAGCCGUGAAGUAUUUAUCAUUUGCAUGAGUAAUGGCACAGGGAAAACCUAUUCAAAAGUUUUACAAUCAAAUGUGGAAAGGUUUUCACCUCACUUCAGAGUUAGAAAUGCUGAAGAGAUGGUCUUGAGCCCACUCUCUGGAGAGAAAUUUGGCCUUGAGAACUGCAAUAUCACUGAGCCUGUGAUAUACUUAGCGCCCAAAUUUUCUUGGUUCCACAGUCUUGUGCAAGUAACCUCUGGUCUUACAUGUGUAACUGAGAGAAGAGUGUGUCUGUGUGUGCAUGUGUGUUUAUCGUUCCUAAGAAUUUGGCACAAAUCAGAUAAUUGCCUAUACUGAGAAUCUAUACUGCAGAAUAUAGUGUAUCAAAAACAUUUUUUCUUUGAAAUUAUUUAAGCAUCCUUUCCACAUCAUAGAAAUCAUUGGUAGCCCCCAAGUGUUUAGUAACUGACAUCUUUCUUCAAGGAUAGAAGAAGGGUUGGUAGAAUUUUUCAUAGAUGAGAAAACUGGAGAAAUACUGUGAGUAAACCAGACCAAGUUUAUGAGAAAAUUUUUGAAUUGUGAAUAUUUACAUUCUUCUGUAUAAAUUUUUUAUAAUCUUCAAUUACAAAACACCUUGUUUAUAGGACAAAAGAGUUUUAACCAGUUUUCUUCAGGUAGACUUCACUGUGUAAAAGUUAAGUUGACCCAAACAAAAUAAUCAAAGAUUCCAGAAGUAUGAUUUGUCUACUGAAGUAGAAAUAUUUGUUAGUAAGUCAGUUGCAUUUUGAAGCCUUUAACUUCUAAUAAUGAGUCUGUGUUUUAGAAUCCCAUGAUAGCAAUUUAUGACAACUAUGAUUGCAUAUUAGAAACAGUUGCAGAGAUUCCAGUUUUAUAUCAUGGAUUGCUAUGCAGAUGCAAAAAAUAGGUGAAAUGAUGUGAAAGCCUGGCAAAGUAAGAUGGCAAAGAUUAUCUGAGGUUUGGGGUUUUGUCAAGAGAUGUUUGUCAGACACUAAGGUGGGCUUUUACUGUGAAGAGGUUGCUAAGAACUGACAUGGCCGCCUGACCAGUGUCCCCACAGCCUCUGUGGGUAGGGACAAGACACGGAGACCUCCAGAGCGGGAGACCUGCCUGCCUGCACUGUCGUCAGCACGGCAUGAAUCCCAAGCACCCUGAAUGACUUUGCCAAGAUGGAACUAAAAAGCUCAAGAGAAGAAAGAUUACACUUGCUGGCACAUGAAAUCAUAGUGGCUACAGAGGAAAAGUGGUGACUGGGUCACUACUUACGUUAUGCCCUGAUCAGACUAGCAACUAGAUAAGUGAAAGUUUUUCGAACAUGCCUUAAAGAUAUUAUGGUUUGAUCCAAAGACCCACUAUUUCUUUAGCUAUCGUGGUCAGGUUUUUCUUUUGUUUUUUUAGUUUUACACAAAAGCAGCAUUUUUCUAUAAGUUUUUUUUUUUUCCUUAAUGUUGCAACCUUUUGGUUCCUUUAAGCUGUGAUAGUGAUGGUAACUGAUGCCUUCGUUUUAUUCAACUUAACACAAAACAAGCCAGCAUCAGAAGUAUUAUAUAAAAUCUUUAUUGAAAGGUGCUUAGAUGAUUUUUGUCCUUUAGUUUGUAGAAUUAGGAUUGAACUUUGACUCACUUGCCAUCACUUUGACUCAGUUGCCAUCACUUUUCUAUGGUAAAACUACUGAAAUUUGCUUUUCUCUAAAGAAAUGUUGCCUAAGGAUGUCUGGUAUUUGUUUUCAAGAGUGGAUUUUCCCCGUAUGAAUGUUGUCAGUAUCUGUGUAAAUUGAGUGUUUUGGUUUUUUAGUUUUUUGCUCCUGUAGUAGUCUUGUGUUAGCACUGGUUAAGCUUUAAUUGUCUCUUUAGCCAAUCAAAUGUUACAGAUUCUGGGGGUCUUUUUCUUUCUUUUUUUUAACUGUCAUCGUGCAUCUAUUAAAUCUUGAUCAGGGUUUCAAGAAUGACUGCAGUAGGUUUUGAAAACAGACUUAUCAUUAUUGAUUUGGGGUUUCCCAGAGAUUAUAGUUCACAGUUAGUUGUUGAGCUCUAAUACAACUGACCAUUUAAAAUUGAACAAACAGUUUAUUGUUUUAUAACAGAAUGUCAGUUGUUAAACCUUGACAUUUCAAUUAAAACAUGAAUUGUAGUUAUAACUCAAUGCAAAUUCAACAGUUGUAUUUGGAGUUAAAUUAUUUUAACAAAUAAAUUUAUUUAAUGAAA